UUCUCCCCUUGCCGGCUAUUCACUCCAAGUCCUGUUGGCUCAUUGUUAUUCUGCCCAAGUGAGUGAGGGGCUGCGAAAAGGCGAGGUGGAUUGCAGUUUCCUUCGGCAAAGGAACUGAUGGAGGUGCUUUUGUGACCGUGUUUCGGGGGCCCAAAGGCACGUCGGUAAUCGGCUCAGUAAUGAGGAAAGGUACAGAACGGCACUGAAUAUCUGACCCCGAUUCCUGGGAGUGAGGAAAGACAGAGAGAGGGAGUGGGGCAUGUGGAAAAAGGGGGUGGAAGGGAGGUGAGAUUUAGUGCCUUGCUGGAUGAAACAACCCCCCACAAACUAACGGAGGAGGGAAAGUGUCCUUAUAGAAAGAAAGGAAGGGGUGCUCGAGUGUUCACUGAGGACUCAAAGAACCACAUUUGGUUACAAUGUGCACAGAAAAGGAGUUUGGUGACUUCUGCAAAGCUUAGGCAAGAGGGCACAGGAGGGAAAGAACAUCCUAGAAUACAUAUUCCAAACCAGAAGGAAAAGAAAAAUGUCCCGAACUGAAGAAGUCAACAAGAUGACAGAAAAUGUUUACAAGGGCAUUCUGGACCAGUUCAACCCCAGUCUGAAGAACUUUGUGACCAUGGGGAAGCAUUACGAGAAGGCCCUGACAGGAGUGACCGUAGCUGCCAAAGGCUACUUCGACGCUCUGGUGAAGCUUGGAGAGCUGGCCAGUGACAGCCAAGGCUCCAAAGAGCUUGGAGACACCCUGUUUCAGAUGGCCGAGGUGCACCGGCAGAUCCAGGUGCAGCUGGAAGACGUGCUCAAGCUGUUCCAUUCUGAGAUGCUCACCCAGCUGGAGCAGAAGCUGGAACUGGACAUCAAAUAUCUCACUGCGACCUUAAAGAAGUAUCAGAGCGAGCGGAGGUCUCAGACCGAGUCCAUCGAGCGCUGCCAGUCCCAGCUGAAGAAACUCCGUAGGAAGAGCCAGGGCAGCCGCCACCCAAACAAAUAUGGUGAUCGAGAGAUGCAGUUUGUGGAGCUGAUGAGUCGCCGCCAAGUGGAGCUGGAUUCAUUGGUUGCUACCGGCUACAAAUCUGCUCUGACUGAGGAGAGGAGGCGAUACUGCUUCCUAGUGGACAGACAGUGCUGUGUCACCAAACUGCUGAUAAACUAUCACUCUAAGGUUAGAGAGCUUCUCUCGCAGAAACUUUCCUCUUGGCAGCAGUCUUGUUCUCAGCCAACAAAGCUGCCAGAGCGAGCCCUCAACCUGCUGCGUCACACUGCGCCACAAAGUCCAGGGGCUGCUGGGGUCGCCGAGGUCCUCCGUCACACCAAGAUUGGAUCCAGUCACCCUGAGCAAAGAGUUUCUGUACAAGAGGUUCCUCCUCUGCUGAACGGAGACUCCAGCCGUUCCCAGCAGCAGCGUCUGGUCCCCGCCUCAGGUUCCCAGACCGAUACUGGUCCUCAGGGUUCACCCCAGACUUCCCACUCUGCAUCCUCCAACGGAGGAGCUGCUGGAAGCUCAUCCCAAGGAGCAUCUCCUCAACGUGCCAGCACACCCCAGAGUGCAUCAGCCAGCCCACUCCCUGAUGGCGUUGACAACAUUUCUUCAUCCAUACCUGCAACAUCCAGCAGCUCCCUGCAGCAGGGCUCUCUCCUGCCGGCCACAAACACAUCCAAUCUCUCUCCAAGCCUCAUCCCCUCCACAGUCAUGUCACUGAGCCAGAUCUCCCCCACCAGCGGCUCCUCGCAGGGCAUGACGGUCCCAAUCCCCCACAGUGCUCCUCACAGUCCUCCACUGUCCCACAGUGCUCCUCUCUCCAGGGCCAUGACCCCUGUGCAGAUGCUGCAUCCGCAGGUGGGACCAGGAGGAAGCAACACCCUGUCUCUGUCACAUAACCCCUGGAUGCUCAAAGCUGCAGAGAUGUCUGCUACUGCAACUCUUCCCCUGCCGAGAAGACCAGUCAGUGAAAUGAGACUGGGAGGCUUUCAGGGCUCCAGUCUCCCCAGGAGCCUGCCUUUAUCUGGGGUUACACGAGUGGAAGCUAUGUUUGCUCACACACCUGGGGCGUUGGAGGGUGUAGGUGGAAAUAUUGGGGGCGGGGCUUGCCUACUUCACUUUGUACCUGGUGACAACAUCACCCUGCUGAUCUCUGAGCCCAGGGACGGGUGGCACUACGGUCAAAAUGAACGCACCGGACGAAAAGGCUGGUUCCCAUUCUCCUACACUCAACCACAGCACAGCAGGAUAGAUCAGCUGGAGCGCUCUCUCUUCUUAUCUAAGGCUAACAGCACCAGUACAGGACAGCUGGACAAACUUGUGUCUUCGAGCCUCACUCCUGAGUCAGAGGAGGAGCGCGCUCUUCCUCCCCAGAGGGUCAGCACCUUCCGCCCUCGCCCGUACAGCAUGGCCGACAGUAACAAGAUCACCUCAGAUUUGGCCUCCUCGCCUCCUUCUCCCACCAGGCCUAAUCCUUUUGCCCAUGUCCGACUCAGAAAAACCAUCACCAACGACCGCUCGGCUCCCAUCAUCGAGUGAGUCUCAAUAGACGGCUGAGGUUUCAUCUGCCCGUCAGGCCUGAGGUUGAGGCCUGGAAACACCACACCUGUCUGUGCUUUCCAACAGCAAUCUACACCGGAUGUUGUAUUUUUAAAUAUAGACAUUCGCAUCUUGUGUUUCAUGUGAAAGAAGAAAUUAUUUACUGCAUUACUGUGGCUCAUCUUAUGGAUGUGACAGCACUUUUGUUUGAUUAUAGAGUUUUUUUAGGACUAAAGAAAGACCACAGCUGGAAAGCUGCUGUUACAAAAACAUAAAAAGUGGAUUAUUUUCUUAGAGUUUGAGCCCAUUGUGCUGUGCCCCACUGGUCCAAAGUGUCUAACAUUUCCUCAUUUGUCCUAAUUUGUUUAUAGGGCUCAUUGUUUUAAGCCACAACUUUUCUUUAGGGGACUGGAUCCUGCAUUAGCAGGCUGGACGUUAACUGUUGCAAGAUAUUGAGAAGAGGACAGGCUCCUUCUCUGUUACAGUAUUAAUUUGAAUAAGAAAAGUGCGUAUUUGCUUUUUUAAUUAACUGGCUGGGAAAGCCUUUCAAAUAUAUUGUGUUUUGAUUAAAGAUAUUUUAGAUACGAUACUUUAAUAAUAAAUCUGACAUGAAAGUUUUGAGUUUUUAAACUGUGAAAAAUUCCCCCACUGGAAAUAGAAGGAAAAAAACUGAAGAACACACAAAUAAAGCUCACAAACGUCAUAAAUUAGUAGCUGAAUGGCUGGACAGUAGGAAGAGGAAUGUAGUUUGAGAAAGUUGCAUGUUGUGGAGGGUUCCAAGUCCCACGAUUGGGAGGUUUGCAUGCUUAGUCUUGGGAUUUUAGACUUUUUAUCUUAGUCCCAGAUUAAACCUCUUAGGACAUGCCGUCCACAUCGGUGGACAUCACAUUUGGGUUAUAUUACUGCUUUAUUUCCCCAGUAAAGCAGGUAAUUCUGCUUUACUGGGGCCCUGUGACUAUGUGUGUAGAGGGUUAGCUCAAAUUCUAGCUCGGGGCUUAAGAGGUUAAAGCCAUACACCACCUCAAUAACAAGACUGCAGUUGUGGUUAUCAGCCAGACUGAGCCAAAUCUUGAAGUAAGAUGUGAAAAGUGAAAGCGGAUCAACAGACCAAGUCGAAUGGAGAAAUGUAUCUAUGAAAGUGAUGAAGAAAGCAUUGGAGAAGUUGUCCAACGCCUGAGCAAGUGUCCACAGUAAACUAGAGACAUUCAGAGUAGUAUUCUGAUGACAAAUCCCAAUUCAAGCAUCAUUUUUAUCCAAACUGACUUUUAUUUUUUGUUUUUACUGCUGGAAAUCGCUCUGAUCUUUCUGCACCUUGAAGAUACAAGAUUUCACACAUUGAUGUUUUAUAAAAUAAUUUCUAAAGACGAAUAUUACUUUGUGUUUUACUACAUCACUGACAGUAACAAAAUGAUUGUUUGAAUUUGUAAAUAAUGUUAAAAAAUAAAAACACCUGUGAUCAUUAGAAUUAUAUUUCAAUAGAUUUAAAGUGAUCUUUCCCUUUGGAUGAACUUCUUCCUUUGGAGAUCAAACAGAAAAGCAACAGCCAAAACCACCCAUUCUCAAUACAAAAUUAAAAUGACAAAUUAUAAGUAGAAUGUUUCUAUUUUAAUAAUAGAAAAGCAUCGCCGAGAACUGUUCACACAAGCAAUCCAAUGUUGAAUAAAACUUAUUUUGGUCAAAAGUUAUUUGAAAUUAUUUUUUAAGAACUUGUCUUUAUGCACAUAGUUUAUAAAAAUCCAUAAAUUACAUAUUAGCUGUUAUUUCUCAAGCCAUAGAUGAGUUCAAAAGAGAAUAUUAAUGCAACCAUGUACCUAGAGUUGUGUAACAGUAUGUCAGCAGCAAAAAUCCCAGCUUUCUAUGAAGUAUUUCUGUUUUCCAUGUGGAAUCCUAAAAUUUUUUUUCAGUGUUUCACCUUCUUCUUACAGCUGGAAAAACAUGCACAUAGGGUGGAUCACCAAUUUAUAGUAUAUCUUUACAGCAUUGAACUUUAAGCUGCAGCAAGAAAAACCUGAAUGGAAAAAGUCAAGCUUUGGUUUUGUUCUUACAUUUUAUUUUUUCAGAAGCCUUUCUUUAUGAAAUACAAUAAGAGAUUCCCAUGGCAGUCUGAUAUUUUUCCAUAGCAGCUUUAGUGUCUUUGAAGUGAAAUAAUUGUUUAAGUUUUGGAUCAUCUCUUGGUUGUUGGUUCUGUAAAGGCUAAAUGCAUCACUGUGAACACAUUACCAGACUGUUUUAAUAAUAUGCCAAUCAUGUACUCUGAUAAAGAGCACUAAAUUAUUAAAUGUGGAGAUGUGAAAUAAAAGUGCUCGGAUAUG